AUGAAGAGAACUAACUCCCCCUUGAUUAGGAGCAAGAAUAUAUGUUCACUAGUAAAGGGAUUUAUUUCAAUAUAAAAACAAUUAUUACAAAAUUUUUUCUGGAUUUUAAAAAUCCAAAUUUUAUUUAAUUUAUAUUUAACUUUGUGGAUGCAAUCUGUUUAAAAUGUAAUAUAAUAAGUGAAGAUAACUUUAUUAUAAUUAUUAAUUAUAUAUCGAAUUAUUAUUUAUAAAAACAAUUAAUAUUACAAAAAAUUGUUCUUGCUAGCAGAUGUGAUUAAUUUUCCGCAAAAAAAACUAAUAUUUCCUAUGGGUUUCAAACAAAGGGAUUUAAGGAAAAUUGGCUUGCUCCUAUUCCAAGAAGCCGAAGUGGAAUAUCAGGAAUGAGGUUUUUUGAUGGAGAGGAUCUACAAUAUCAAGAAAGAAAAAAAUCAAUGCAAGCUACCCAACGCCGAUGGAUCGAUCAACAAAGGCAAUUUGAAAACAAAAGGAAAAAAGAAGAAGAUGAAGAAGAGAAAGCUUAUCAUCAACAGACUAUGCAAAUUAAUAGAAUGAGAGGGUUCCUAGAAGAUGAUUUGGAAAGGAAAAAGAAAGCGAUGUCAAUGUCGAUAAGAGAUACUAAUCUAAUGCUUACUUUCUGUAGGCUAAAAAACUUUUUUUUAAUAAUUAAUUUUUUUUAUUUUUUUUAAUCUGUAGUAUUCAUUCAAAAGAUUUAGCAGGAUGAAAAAAGAAAGAGAGCGUUGGGAGAAAGAGCAGAAGAAAAGAGAGGAAAUUGCAGACUUAGAAGAGCAACGAAGAAUCCGAGCAGUAAGCAACUAUGUGCAUUUACUAAAUUAG